GACUGUUGUGUAUCCGGCAGUGAGCCUCCUCGUCGUUGCAACGAUGGCCAGCGCCGCAGGAAAACAAGCGCCCAAAAUUGUCUCCAAAUCGUCUGCGGGAGGCGCCGGGGCGGCGGGGGCUGGCGGUGCGCCGCCGAUAAUGCCCCUCGCCUCUCCGCUCAUGGGGAAGAAAAAGAAACCGUUUCUGGGGAUGCCCGCUCCGCUGGGCUACGUCCCCGGUCUGGGCAGAGGAGCAACUGGUUUCACCACCCGAUCGGAUAUCGGUCCAGCUCGUGAUGCCAACGAUCCAGUGGAUGACCGACAUGCACCCCCAGGGAAGAGGACGGUUGGGGACCAAAUGAAAAAGAACCAGGAUGAUGAUGAUGAGGAUCUGAACGACACAAACUAUGAUGAGUUUAAUGGAUACGCAGGGAGCUUGUUCUCCAGCGGGCCCUAUGAGAAGGAUGAUGAAGAAGCAGAUGCUAUAUAUGCAGCACUGGACAAGAGGAUGGAUGAAAGACGCAAAGAAAGAAGGGAACUGAGAGAAAAGGAAGAAAUUGAGAAAUACCGUAUGGAGCGACCCAAAAUCCAGCAGCAGUUCUCAGAUCUAAAGAGGAAGUUGGCAGAAGUGUCAGAGGAGGAGUGGCUGAGUAUCCCUGAGGUGGGAGAUGCCAGGAAUAAGCGCCAGAGAAAUCCCCGCUAUGAGAAACUCACCCCUGUCCCCGACAGCUUCUUCUCAAAACACCUGCAGACCGGAGAGAAUCACACCACUGUUGACCCUCUGCAAGGGCUGGGAGGUCUGAACACACCUUACCCAGGAAGCAUGACCCCCGGCUUGAUGACCCCAGGGACAGGAGAACUGGACAUGAGGAAAAUCGGUCAGGCCAGGAACACACUCAUGGAUAUGAGGCUCAGCCAGGUGUCUGACUCAGUGAGCGGACAGACGGUUGUGGAUCCGAAGGGUUACCUGACAGAUCUCAACUCCAUGAUCCCCACACAUGGAGGCGACAUAAGUGACAUCAAGAAGGCUCGUCUGCUUCUGAAAUCAGUGCGGGAGACUAAUCCUCAUCACCCGCCUGCCUGGAUUGCUUCUGCCAGGCUGGAGGAGGUGACCGGCAAACUGCAGGUGGCCAGGAACCUGAUCAUGAAAGGCACAGAGAUGUGUGUUAAGAGUGAGGAUGUUUGGCUAGAGGCAGCCAGGCUCCAGCCCGGUGACACAGCCAAAGCCGUGGUAGCCCAGGCUGUCCGCCACCUGCCACAGUCUGUCCGCAUCUAUAUCAGAGCUGCAGAGCUGGAGACAGACGUCAGGGCCAAGAAACGAGUUCUCAGGAAGGCCCUGGAGAAUGUAUCCAAGUCAGUUCGACUGUGGAAGACAGCUGUUGAGCUGGAGGAGCCAGAGGACGCCAGGAUCAUGCUUAGCAGAGCUGUGGAGUGUUGCCCUACUAGUGUGGAGCUGUGGCUGGCAUUGGCCCGGUUAGAGACAUACGAGAAUGCCCGUCGCGUCCUGAACAAAGCUCGAGAGAACAUUCCGACAGAUCGCCACAUCUGGAUCACUGCUGCCAAGUUGGAGGAGGCCAAUGGCAACACUCAGAUGGUCGAUAAGAUCAUUGACAGAGCCAUCACUUCACUACGCGCCAAUGGCGUGGAGAUCAACAGAGAGCAGUGGAUACAGGAUGCAGAGGAGUGUGACAAAGCCGGCAGUGUGGCUACCUGCCAGGCCGUGAUAAGGGCCGUCAUAGGGAUUGGCAUCGAGGAAGAGGACCGAAAGCAUACCUGGAUGGAAGAUGCAGAUAGUUGUGUGGCCCAUGGAGCAUUGGAGUGUGCCAGGGCCAUCUAUGCCCAUGCUCUGCAGGUGUUCCCCAGUAAAAAAAGUGUCUGGCUUAGAGCUGCCUACUUUGAGAAAAACCACGGCACCAGGGAGUCUUUGGAGGCCCUGCUCCAAAGGGCUGUGGCUCACUGUCCCAAGGCAGAGGUCCUGUGGCUGAUGGGAGCCAAGUCCAAGUGGCUGGCUGAGGAUGUGCCUGCAGCUAGAAGUAUCCUUGCUCUGGCCUUCCAGGCUAACCCAAACAGUGAAGAGAUCUGGCUGGCUGCUGUUAAGCUGGAGUCUGAGAAUAACGAGUAUGAAAGAGCCCGUCGACUGCUGGCCAAAGCCCGCAGCAGUGCCCCAACAGCCAGGGUAUUUAUGAAGUCAGUGAAAUUGGAGUGGGUGUUGGGGAACAUAGAAGCUGCCCAGGAGCUGUGCACAGAGGCCCUGAAACACUACGAAGACUUCCCAAAACUUUGGAUGAUGAGAGGCCAGAUCGAAGAGCAGUGUGAAAACAUGGAUAAGGCCAGAGAGGCUUACAACCAAGGGUUGAAAAAGUGUCCCCACUCGGUGGCCCUGUGGUUGCUGCUGUCUCGUCUUGAAGAGAGAGUGGGACAGCUGACCAGAGCCAGAGCGAUCCUGGAGAAGGCGCGACUCAAAAAUCCCCAAAGCCCCGAGCUGUGGUUGGAAUCGGUCAGGCUGGAGUUCCGAGCUGGACUGAAGAACAUCUCCAACACGCUGAUGGCCAAAGCCCUGCAGGAGUGCCCCAAUUCAGGUAUCCUGUGGGCUGAGGCAGUGUUUUUGGAGGCCAGGCCCCAGAGGAAGACUAAGAGUGUGGAUGCUUUGAAGAAGUGUGAACAUGAUCCCCAUGUCUUGCUCGCUGUAGCAAAGUUGUUCUGGAGUGAGCGUAAGAUCACCAAAGCCAGAGAGUGGUUCCUAAGGACUGUAAAGAUUGAGCCAGACCUGGGAGAUGCUUGGGCAUUCUUCUACAAGUUUGAACUGCAGCACGGCACAGAGGAGCAGCAGGAAGAGGUACGAAAGCGCUGUGAGAAUGCGGAGCCCCGCCACGGAGAGCUGUGGUGUGCCGAGUCCAAACACGUCCUGAACUGGCAGAAGAAGACAGGAGAGAUCUUAGCGGGGGUAGCCAGCAAGAUCAAGAACACAUUCUGAGACUGGGGAAAUUUGGACUGAAAACACCUGGAGGACUCUGGCAGUCACCCGUCUUGCAGGAAACAGCUAUGGACACGCUCAACUAUUGUUCUCUACCAGGACUUGCUCCUUCGGCAGAUAGCCUUUUUUAUGUUUUUCUUGUUUACAGAAUUGACAGUUUUGUACUUACCAACAGAAAAUGAUGAUUUGAUGUCAAAGUGAGAACAAUUCCACAAAAUUUAACACAAGUACCAAUGUAUAAUAAAACAAGUCCUAGUAACAGAAGUAGGUUUCUAUGGACAGUUAAGUGAACUGCACUUUCAAGUCCUCAGAUGGAUUAAGAUAUGGACUUGAACCUGACCACUCUAGGACAUUAUUUUGUUGUUUUUAAGCCAUUCUUGCUUAGCUUCGGUUUUGUUUGAAGUAUUUGUCUUGCAAGGAAGUAAACUUGCUCCCACGUCUGGCUGCAUACUGCUGUUGGUUGUUCUCUUGGAUUCCAGUGUGUUUUGCUUCCUUCCUCCUCUUUGUUUCAUUCUCCCUUCUGUCAGACACACACUCAGAUGUUGCGUGCGUUUUUUUUAAAACACCUUGUAACACCACCAUAGAGCUGCACCUGGUGAAUCACCUGGGCAACAGUUGUUUGAAUCAUUUCUGAUUGACUAAAGAGUAACACACCUAUUCUAGUAAAAUGUUUAUGGCCUAAUUCAUGAAUCUGUAAAUCAGCUUUAAUUCCAUCUUCUGACAACUGUUAAGUGACGGCAGACACAGUACUGUACCUUUUGUUAUUCGGACCCAGCCAUGACCUCUCAUGUUAAUUACAUGUAGUUAGUGGUAUCCAUUGUUUAGCCAUCCUGUUGGUCCAUUUUUGUUUAACUGCUGCACAAACCCGUAUGCUCGGUUAAAUCUAAGCAGCCUGUACCAGUUCUGUGUCUCUUAUUAACAUAUAAUGUGAUGUGAAUUCUAAUAAUAAUUGGUUGCACUAGUAAUGAUGUCGGUGUGUCGUAGUAAAAGCUGUUAAAAGUUGGAGGCAAUUGUUUUAGUUUUAUAUUUGUACUAAAUUAGGAUGAAUUUGUUUAUUUGGGAUUGUGUUCACUUUGACAUUUGUCUGUUUUUCUGCUGAUUAGUGUCGAAAUUCUAAUUUCAGUCAUUGUGGUUGCUGUGAAAAUAAAACAGAAAUGACAAUGUAACAGAAAUAAUAACAAUGACGAUAAUCAAAACAUCUUAUUUUUGAGGAAACUUAUUUUUCUCGUCCACAGGGAUAUGCGAGAAUCCAGAUUUGUCUUUGUCCGUUUGGUAGUGUAUAUAAACUUCUUGUCAGGGACUGUUUCAUGAUUUAUCAUGUUGUAAUGAACUGCUUUUUUUUUUACCUAGUUUGCUUGAAAUGUGUUCAAAUACUUUGCAGGCAUCCAAUAAACAACACUGUUUGUUGCACAGUUCCCAAACAAGUCGUGUUAGAAAAUGGUUGUUUAACGUCAGAUCCAGUUCUUAUAGUUGGUUUCUUUGUAAGAUCUGUUUAACCAAAUAGUUCAGUCCAGCAGUUGUACAUGUUGCCAUGCAUGUUUGGUUGCUCUGUAUGGGAUUUCAAAACUUUUUUUGGUUUUGGCUGCAACCAGUUUGACUCACUGCGUUAUGUAAAAUGUUUCCAACAAAACAAAUUACAAAACUAUUAAACACAGUUUCAUUAUUCCACUGCUUUCUAUAGUUUACACUACAGAUUAGAGUUCCCAUCGCCACUUACACCACCCUCCCUGAACACGUAAAAUCAUCCACCAAAUUACACCCGCUGUUCACACCCGCUCCUGCUCUCUAUCACGUCUUUCCAACGAAACCGAAAGGAUGAAGGCGAAUGAUUGAUUGCAGACGUUUUCCUAGACUUGAUCGGACUGGAGUUUGGUGAAAUCCAAAGCUCGGCGUCAGCAAUCCAUGACGGGGAAGGAAAUUGGAGCAGCAGUGACUUUGGUGAUGUUGGGAACCACGGAGCACCACAUCGGAAGUGUAUCCGCCACCGCGUUAACCUAUCCACCGGAGGAAGUGUAAAAAUACUGGAGAAGAAAAAGCUUUUGGGGACAAUGACCGCGGUCAGAUGAGGAGUAAUUCCUUGGAUCUCCCUGUUACUGAUAGAGAUGGCUUUGCUCGUCUGAGGAUCCCGCAGUAGAACAUGAUAAAUGUGUCUGACCGGAUCUCUGCUCCGUAGUGUCCUGGUGGUUCUCUUGUUGGCCAACUCCUGUGGUAAACGUGGAUGUAACUAUAAAGAAAUCCUGGGCUCCUACAGAGAGGUCAUCUUCGUUGAGCUGCAGAAUCUGAAUUUGACUGGCCCUCUAAACACCUCCAAAGAGAGAGACCACUGUCCCUCAGGAAAGACACGUCGCAUUCUGGGUUCCAUCUAUGGUAUGACACAGGAGAUGCGGUGUCAGAGGAGUGGCAAACAACAAGCUGACCUGGAAAAGCCUCUUCAGAGCAUGGAGCAACUCAUCAUUCACAACUGCAGCCCCAAUUAUCUGGGGAAGAAAACCUAUUGUUCAGCUGUCAAGAAAAUACGAGGAAAGAAGAGAAAGAGGAUCAGGUUAAUCAAAGUUAUCAAUGCACUGAUAACUUGUUGGCAGAAACUUCAGAGUGCCCAUAUGCUCUCAAAGUAGGAAAUGUUGUGUCUUCUUGGUUCCUGUAAGCCUGUGCUACUUUCUCAUGAAGACACCCAGUGAAUUUCAAAAGAAAGCUCACUCAAACAGAGGAUAUUACAUGACUAAUGACCUACUGUAUUUAGAUAGCUGUUAUUCAAAUGAUAUGUCAUGAAUGUUUACUGUUGUCAAGUUCUCAGUGUUUUGUGUUUUAAAACAAUACCAGACUUUGCAUGUCAGAAUUGCUCCUUGUUUUAUGGAAUAGUUUUAUAGUAACCACAGAUAAGCUAAAAAAAUAUCCACAAUGCAUUCAGAUACUUUCAGAAUAUGCACAUUGUCUACAUUGUCUAAGAUCUCUCUUGUUGUAACAACCAUUUUUGUCUUUGUAAGCCAAAUAUAUAUGUAUCACCAUACCCAUGACAUGUUCUUCUCUCUGUUAUGUUUUGGAAUAUAUGCAAUAUAAUAAAACAAACUUUUUAAAAUGUCUUA